AUGGAGGUGAAUUUCUUUUACUCAUCAUUGCAAAGGCAGCUUGAAGAAGUUGAUAGACUGAUGGGGUUAGAAGCAGACUCCUCCAAACCAUACGAACACAAAUAUAAAGCACGAGAAAUCCUUAAUUCCCUUCUAAAUGAAGAACGAGUCAAAGAAAAUGACGAAAGUGCAAGGGCUGCUCAAGCAAUCAUCGAAUACCUCCUUGGUGUGAAUCAUUUUGAGACAGAAGAGAUUACUGAGAGCAACAAGCACUACAAAAAGUCGCUGAAACGGUUGCUUUCCCUCCACAAGCGAGACCAAGGAAGGUACAUAAACACAUUUCAAGACGUGCUGAAUGCUUUAGGAAUUUUGGCAUGCAAUCGUGGAGAAAGUCAGCUAGGACUUGAAUACUUUUUCCAAGCUCAAGCGCUGUACCAGGGAAUCCAGACUCUGAAAAGAACUUCUUUUUCUCAUAAUUUCAAAGACUUUCUCACUGGGGUCGAGAAUUUUCGAUUUAUCAUCGAUGGUGGGGUCAACCAUAAAAAGGCGGAGCAGAAUUACACUCUAACAUUGUUUUAUAUGGCCCAAGCUUAUUCAAAAUUAGGAGAAAAAGAAAAAUCAGCAAAGUUUUGUGCAGAAACUAUGGAAAGACAGAUAAGAAGCGAUGAUUAUGAUAUCAAAGAUUGGGCAGUAAAUGCUAUUAAUAUGGCUGAAUAUUACAAUGAAUGCGGAAAUCUCAAUCAAGCGUUAUAUACUUUGCAGUGUGGAAUGGCUAUCAUUAAGACACCAAAAAAGAAACUAGAGAGCUCCCUUCACAUGCAAAUUGGAAGAUGCUAUAUUUCGUUUCUUGAUUUAGGGGUGAAACUGCAUCAAGAAAAGGCUCCAAUUCCUGAGUCAGUUUACCAGCAAUGCAUGAUUUUUGAGCCUCUUAAUAUUCCUUUCCCAAGAAUCGAGCCUCCACUUAACAUUGAUAGUGCGAAAGAACUUUUUAAGCUAGCGAACACAAGUUUUAAGCAUGCACUCGACUAUUUUGUGAUAGAUGGUUAUGUCACGGAGCACAUUGAAAUGAAAAGAGACAUUAGCUCACUCUAUAGGCUUCUUUCCUACUUCGAAAUGGAUGAAAACAGGAUUAUUGCAAUGGCUCAGAGAAGACUAGAAUUGCUAGAAGGCUACACAAGAGACAUCAACAAGCAAGCAUAUUCUCAGCUAUGGCAAAGACUGAUGAACGAAGUAGCCUCAGUUUAUCUAGACUUAUAUGAGGUCAAGCAAGGAAUGAUCAAAGGAAAAAAGAAAAAAAGAGAAGAUCUAUACACAAAAGUUAACAUUCAUGCACUAUCAUCGAUUGAAAAACAAAUGGAAUUGCUUGAGUUUAUCCAGAAAUUUGAGCUUAACGAAGAUUCAGCUAAAGACGUCAUCCAAUCCUCGCUAAACCUGAUGUUUGGCAUUGCGAGGAUUUACUCAAAGAUGGACCACCCUGACAUCUCGAUAAAAGUUGACUAUAUGGAAAAAGGAUUUAGAUGGUACGAAAAACUUCAAGCCUAUUUGAGAGAAAUACAAAAGGGCCCACAUGCUUCAAAAGUCCCUGAUUUAGUUGACCAAAUGAAGGUGUGUGAAGAAAUGUGCGAGCUUCUUCCCAGAAGAAUUUCCCAGGUGAACGCAGAAAGAGAGUAA